AUGAGCUCGAAUUCCCCUCAAAUACUCAUCACCGGUGCCACAGGCUAUAUUGGAGGAGAUACACUCCAUGCUAUCUUGCUGGAGUUUCCCCAUUUGGAAUCCUUGAUUAGCUGUCUGGUACGCAAAUCAAAGCACUCUGAACUUCUCCGAUCCACCUAUCCGUCGUUGAAGCUGGUUUACGGGGAUUUCGAUGACCUAUCGCUGUUGGAGUUCCUCGCUUCAAGUGUCGAUAUCGUUAUCCAUUGUGCCAAUAUCGAGGAUGUUGCUCCCACCAAAGCACUGGCUCGAGGGCUUGCAAGACGUGAUCGUACGGGCCCAGCAUUUUGGAUCUGCACGUCAGGCACGGAUAUUCUUGCAUGGGAGACAAUCCGCCAUGGAAGUUACGGAGAGCCUCGUGAGAUGGUAUACAAUGAUAUGGACGACAUCUUCAGUGUUCUGGCGCUCCCUGAUGAUGCACCUCAUAGAGAUGUCGAGGCGGCUCAACAAGGUGCAACGAGUUUUCGCGUCAAAACUGCGAUCGUCUGUGCUCCUUGCAUCUACGGUCAAGGCCGAGGCUGUGGGAAUCAGCGCAGCAUCCAGCUACCAAACCUAGCUCGCUUCAUCAUCGAAACAGGAAAUGCGUUCAUGGUUGGCCGCGGCCAGAAUCGAUGGCCCAAUGUUCACGUACAUGACUUGAGCAAUUUAUUUGUCCGCCUGACCAAAGAGGCACUCGCAGGAGGGGGCAUCGCUACUUGGGGUCUAGAUGGUUACUACUUUGCAGAAAAUGGAGAGCAUGUCUGGGGGAGAUUGCCAAGGAAAUUGCAAAAGAAGCUCAGUCACAAGGUUUAG